AGUCUUGCACUGUGCUGUCACCGAUGAGGGGCUGCCAGUAAGCUGCUGUCGCCCCGCUCAUUACGACACGUGCCUCUAAGGGCCUCCUCGGCGCCUCCUUCGUGAGAGGAAGAUAAGCCCGCGGGGUGGUUGGUUGCGCGAGUCGCCGCCAGGGAGUUGCUGUUGUGUUAUUGCCGUGAGAUUCUUUGCCGUCAAGAUGGAGAUGGCCUCUGCUGAUUAUGAGGUGUUUGGUAAGGUGCAAGGCUGCAAUUUCAUCAAGGCGGCCAAGGAGAAGGCAGACAGCUUGGACUUAACAGGGUGGAUCAAGAACAACAAGACCGGCACGGUGGGCGGACGCAUUCAAGGCACCAAGGCCAACGUUGACCAGAUGGUGAAAUGGCUGAGUGAGGAAGGCAGCCCGGGCAGCGAGAUUGAGCGGUGCCAGCUGACCAACCAGCAAGCCAUCAUUCGCCCAGAUUACAACAAGUUCUUCCUCAGAUUUUAAGUCAUCGCCACACCCUGGUAGACCUCCUUGAACUGUGUGUGCCAACAGAGUGUUUCCAUCACCACUGCCUCGCCUGAACCUCUCCUCCACGCAGGAACAAGACUGAAGACACCGCGAAUCCACACCGCAAAUGAUUUACCUUAAGGAAGAAGACGAACGUUCUUACUUACCGUGCUGUCUGAGGGAUUAGUCAAGGAAAGAUGGUGUCUCAGUCGGUAACAGCUGCUGCUUCUUCUUUUCAAUUUCAGUCCCUAUACAGGGUUUUGAAUGAGACUUUUCCAGUUGUUUCUGUCUCGUGCCAUCCUUUCAUUUAUUCCUUUGUCUCUCAUGUCUUCAUUGCAGCCUUUCCUCUUUCUCCUCGCAUUCCUGUCUAGGUUUAUUAAGGGCAACCAUCUUGAGGCGACUCCAUGAAGCCUCUACUGCUGCCUUGCGGUGAAGCUUCGUCCGGAGAGGUUCGGUGGUUUGAGUCAAAACACCAUCCUACAAGUAACGAAAUCUGGUUCACAAGGUUCAAGGAAUACACACACACACACACACACACACACACACCUAUUCCUCAUUUGUUUUUUUUUUUUUUUUUUCUUUUUUUUCACCAAGCUCCAUAAUUUCACUUCCUUCAAAUAAACGUCUCGAUAGAUUAGUAUUUAUAUCUAGCAGAAGUUUUGCGUUCAUUUAUCAUUUAUUUUCAUUCCUAGGCGUCAGUCGUGCAUGUAUAAUGAUAAGUUUUAGUUCCAAAUCUCGCGAGUGGAGGUGCUAAGUAAUAACACUGUCUGAACGGUAACAAUAGACAUGGCGACGUGAAGGUGGGGGGGCGGCCGAGCUGUUACGAAGACACUUUCUGUAUCCCGGCCCAGACUUGUGUGAGCGCCAGUACACCCCAGCUUGGUCAGAAGUCGGAGUAUUUAGGCAAUUAUGCAUAAAGUUUCAUUCCCCAAAUAACCUCAGACGUAUUCAUGCAGCGUCACUUCACUCGAGAUCACUGGACUAACUUAACUGUUUCAGGAGGAAGGUUUGAAGAUACUCAUCCCAGUAAUUUGGACCUGUUUCACUGUCUCCUGUAGAAUCUAACAUAUACAGUAUUGUUUCUUUUUUUUCUUUUCAUCGCGAGUCCUUACACACCCAUACACAAAAAUAGGUAAAUAAAUAAAAUAGAUAAAUAAAAACGCUAUCUAUGACUGGAUCUGACUGAUUGGCGGGUAUUUGUCAAGGGAAGAGCUGAGGCAGGUGUCAGUCAGGCUGCCUCCCCUACGCCCUCGCCACGCAGCCUCACGUAGCGCCGCACACGUGGGUCCCUCCUCGCCCACCAGCGUGUGCCUACUGUAUGUAAACAUCUGUGAUGGAGUUUAUUUAAAGUAUGUAUUGUUUGUUAAAUAUUUAUUUUUUGACUUAUAAAUAAAUAUUUCACCUUAUGGGAA